UGAUCGCGACCAAGCAAAAAGCAGUUGUAUCCGAGGCCAUACACUUCCGUAGCCAGCGCCUCUCAGCAGACGAGCGGUGAAGUUUAGGGCGAAGCCAUGGCGGCUGGUUGUUGUGGAGCCAAGAAGCAAAAGAUGAAUAACAAUUCAUCCCCAUGUUGUAAUGGGACAAUUGUGCAUCCGAAUCACUUCCAUCCCAGCCAUUACAAGAAUGGCAUGGUAGUCUGCGUUGAAAUGUGUUUCUUUUGCUUCGAUGUGCUUUACUGCCAUCUCAAUCAGUACGAGCCGCCCAAGCCGCCCAAUUUCCCAAACGAAUGCUACCCGCUAUUUGUGACUUGGAACAUCGGUAAAGACAAGAGGCUGAGAGGCUGCAUUGGCACCUUCAAUGCAAUGCACUUGCACUCAGGUCUGAGGGAGUACGCCGUCACCAGUGCAUUCAAGGACAGCCGCUUCAGCCCAAUCACAAGGGACGAAUUCAACAAACUCCACGUCUCUGUUUCCAUUCUUCGGCACUUUGAAGACGGCAAUGACUACUUGGACUGGGAGAUUGGUAUUCACGGUAUCAGAAUAGAGUUUCUGACUGAGAAAGGCUCAAAACGCACUGCCACUUACCUUCCCGAAGUAGCCCCUGAGCAAGGCUGGGACCAUGUGCAGACAAUAGACUCUCUGCUGCGCAAGGGUGGCUACAAGGGCUCCAUUUCCAACGACAUGCGGAAGUCAAUCCACCUGACGCGCUACCAGAGUGAGAAGGUCUCCAUUAGCUACCAGGAGUACCGGGACUUCUGGAGGAACCGCCAGUGCUAGCCCCGGUGGUGGGGCCUUUAGCCUCUCCUCUCCUGGACAAGUUAACGGCGACUUUGCACUUCCACGGAAGCCUUCCUCCAAGCCACAUCAGCCUUCUCCUGCACCCUUCUCUCUCAUUGUGAAUCCCCUCCCCUGCAUUUUCAAGGUUGCUGCCAACUGUGCCUAGUGCUACCCCCUCCCUCUGUCCCCAUUCCUCCAACCCUGUGGUGCUGCUAUGACACCGCCAUGCUGCAGCUGCUGUUCUUUGCCCUCAGUGUUGUCCCAUCCCUGCUACAUUUCUUGUUAGUUUGUUGAUAGGUUGUUUUGCAUUGGGUUGGUUGCUCGCCAGUGGUCACGUCCAGGCAGAGAGGCAGUGAAUGGCAGCUAUGCAGAGCUGGGAGGCUGUUUUAUCUUCAUGUGUCUGAAAAGGCCCUCUGCUUAGAACUUGCAUGGGCUACAGUUUUUAUUGUCUUGCAUACUUCCUGUAAGGCGUUCGCUGUCUCUGACCUGUUUGUAGUAUAUGUGUGUGUCACGGCAUAGUUGGUUGAACUAGUGCACUGCCUCGAUGCUGGGCUGGCCUUGACACAGGACAGACAGAUUUGUGUGUAGGACUGAGAGAGAAGAUUCGGACAGGUUUGUUUGCCCCAAGCUGUACCCUGUUACUGCAUGCUUCCUUAACAUGGAGAAAUGGGGUGCCCGUUUUGUUUGCCAUUGUUUCUUCGGAUGCCUUGAUAGGUUUGUCUGGGUUGCUGUGAUAGGCCGAUGGUGACUGGCAAGCAAUUGCUUACUCAGCGUUUGCUUGUCGUCUACAGCGUUUUCACAUAUUUGCAACUGUUGAGCAAGUAUAGAGAGGCAGGCCGCUGCAGUGCAAGGUCUUGGAAAGCUUGAGCUGGUGGAAGAUAGAAUAUUGCAGUGCUAUAAUGACCAGUUUUGCAUUGCAGCAUUAUAGCAGCUCCAUUAUUUGGUGAGCAAGUUGCCAAGGUGACCUUCAAGGAGUGCAUUGUGCUGCACAGGAAGAGGUAACAGUGCAUCCAGCUUCUGUCUAUUGUGUGUAAUGACUUCUCCUUCUCAUAGGCUGUUUGUAUUUCUUGUUUGUUACUUUUCCUGUUCAAGGAUCAGGUGUUGAGUAUUUCAUUGCACUAAGCUCUUUUCUCAGGCUUUGGAAAGAGAGGGGAUGGUUGUUUGUGUUCCAGUAAUUCCUUCUCGCGAAUACUGUGUUGAAACAGUCAGUAUGAUUUAUGCUUCUCUGUCCCCAUUCUUAUCAAGCUUCAACUUAUACAAAGGUGUGAAUGCUUUUCCUUGUCCUGAUAUGGACACAUGACAUUUGCCUGGACCAAGCCGGCUGCAUGGUGCUAUGCAGCUGAAGUGCUGAUCAGAUUGUACUUUGUUCUUGUGCAGCAGCUACACAUCCUAAACAUCAUGCUCACUUCUUAUUCUGGGCCUGUUCUACUGAACGGUCUGUUUUUAGUAAAGAUGCAGGGGGCAAUCAUUUAAUGCCUGUCCAGCCUUCAUUCACCCUUCUGCUGAUAUCUUUGGUUCGUGCGCUUGCUUACACAGGCAUUCAAGAAGGGGGUGACGUUUGAUGUCUCAGUGGAGAGGCAGGGUGCCGUGCUGUGUUAAAUGGAAAGCAUCUUGCGCUACAAGGAAAAAUGUUUUUCUUCUCUCUCUCUCUCUUUUUGUGCUUCUUUUUCAUGUUACUGUUGAGGCUCCAUUUCUCCUGCUCCCAUCUUCCAGUCAUUUCAUCUUCAUUGUUGGCCAUACUGUCCUCAUUGUUUCUUUUUGUUGUGCAUGAGGCAAGUUGGGCUGUUCUGUGAAAUUAAGUGGAAGUUUUAACCUGACCUUAUACAACGUGGGCACCUUGUCAGUCGUGCACAUUGUACUUGCCUGAGCUGUUUGUGAUCGGGCAGCACUGUUUGAAGAGAAAUUUGGGUUGGCUGGCGUAGGUGUUGGUGAAUUCUGUUUUGGAAACCAUGGUUACGUAUGCCAGCAUUUGGUGCUGCUAAAGCUUAAAUGUUUCUUGCUGCUUGCUCCAUUUCUCUGGUUGUUUCUUUCCCCUUUUUCCCCACUUCAUGUUGUGAUGUCAUCGCCUAAUGUCAUUCAGCAGAGUCUGGAGUUGCACUUGGUUCCUGAAUUUUUCUGACAAAUGAGCAAUCCGUGUAUUGAAUAGUUUUUCUCUGUAGAUAGCAGCCUUGCAUAAAGAGCUGCUUUAAUAUGUUAGUGCCUGGAAUCUUCUGUAAAGCACUGGCAUUGCAUUUUGAUUUGCGGUCUUUUUUUUGCCGUGCUGAAGUGGUAUGAAACAAAGAAAAGGCAACUUCGUCUUCAGGUCUUAUAUGUUGAGUUCGAGGGAAAUGCCUUGGACAACUCUGGGUCCCUUUUCUUGUUAGCAUAAAUUUUGCCACUAUGCGGUAGAAAGAAAAGAACAUAUAAUGCUGAGUGAACUUUCAGCUCUCGCAGUACUUAGCACAACCUUUGAUAGACCCUUUGUAAUGUGGCGUAAGGUUGUGGUGUAUUCUUGGUAGCACAUUGCAAUGUGCUGCACUGUACUCAAGCCCCCUUUGUGGUAACAGUUGCUUUCAAACUAGGGGACUUCAUCAGAUGAACUUCCUUCAUGUUGGUUGCACUCGUGAGGAGAUGUUGAAAAUCACACUGCCAGAUUGUGAACAUACACAAGCCAUAAUUAUUUUUUGUAAGUGUCUCAAGUGCUUUUGCAUGAGGUUUUCAAGGUGUGACGUGUAAACAGAGGUGGGCUGGCUGGAAAUGGGGGGGGGGUCUCGCAUGCUAGCAUUCACACAUGCACGCAACAAGUCUGCAUGCCACCUGUGAAAGCGAGACGGGUUUUAAAAACCUUCAUGUAAGGUGUUUAGACAGCAGCAUGCUAUGAAAACUGUCAUUUCGUAAGAAUUAGGUUUUGUUUUAUUGAAGUUCUACUGGGUCAUCAACUCUUAGGGGAAACACCUCGUUGGUAUGGAGUGUUCACAGCUGUGGAUAUCUCGCCUAAAGACCUGCAGAGCAACAUUUCAAUUACAGAUAGCUGCUGAACAGGCCUUCUUGGCCAUUCCCCAUAGAGUAAUACUACUGCUGAAGUUAUAUGAACUGAAUACUAAUGGAGUUGUUUUCCCCUUCAUAUGUGGACAAAGCCAUACAUCUUGCUAGGUAAUCAAGUGGCUGUAAAAUGUACUUCUGUGGGAGUGAUAGCUUAGUUGUCUCAAAGUGCAAGUUGCUAAUCGGUGAUACUAUAGCAUGUUCCGUGUUAAAGGGCCCCUCACCAGGCCACUUAGCAAAUUUUGUUUAUACGCUGAAAGUUAUGUGCCCUCUUAAGGGGUGCUCUUCUGCAGCUAAUUUUUGAAAUUAGCUCAUUAAUAGCAGAGAUGGAAUUACUUGAAGUAGUGCGAACCCAUGAUUUCAGGAGGUGAGUGUCACCGCCAAUAUAGACACUCUCUCCACUUGCCUCCGCAAGCUAAAUUCCUUCCCUGUGUUCACCCACACUGAAGCCGGAGGAUCACGUGACGAAUAUGCACGGGCUCUGCUUUCUUUUUUUUUUUUUCCCUUGCGUUUUUGCCGAGUGGUGGCAGUCUCGCACGAGAGCUGUUGCAUUUGUCUUGUUUCGUGCAGCAGACGAUUUUGCGCGCUCUGCACGAGAACACCUGAUCAGUGCCACAAUCACGAGCAAUGAGGCAAGCGUGAGAGGAUGAAAGAGCAUGAUUGCGGCACUGGAACACGGCAGAAAAUUAAAUCUCUGCAGGCACGGCUGCACGACAUGGGAACAAGCAGACAAAACGGAAGUACAUCUCUCUUGCUAUGAUACAAAGUAAAACAAGAACACGCAGACAUUCGUUUUGUGUGUUUCAUUAAUUGGCUAAACUUUAAUUUUGUCUAUGGAAGCAACAGAUUAAACAUUGCCUUGAAUGAAGACGUGUGUCACUAUGAGUGACGUCACAGCACUGCCACGUACGUAGGUGCACUUGCAUGAUAUACAUUGACUCUCCAGCUGGGGAGAAAAACACAGCGUUUGGUUUGAAAUUUCAGCUCUUCUGUGGCACGUAGGAAUCUAAUACUUAGCAGACAUGUUCGUUAGUGCGCAUUAUAUGCACUGCGCUUGUGAGCUCAAAAUGGCCAGACCUGGUGAGGGCCCUUUUAAGAGAGUAUGCUAGUGUGGAGAUUGCAAGCACAGUUGGCGUUUAUUGUAAAUUUUAAUUUUCUUUUAACACUUCUUAGCACCAAAAAUGAAGAAUCGGGACUUUCCUGCUUCUGUGCUUUCAUUCUGCACACUGUGGCAACUUAAAACGACGAAAAGGAAGAGCGACUCACUGCCAGCUGUGCUCCAUUCAUUUCAGGAGUGCAGUGUGAGCUGCCUGCAGCAACAUUGACUGACCAUGUUUAUAACAGCACAUAGGGGCUGUUGUGAAGAAUAAAAAAAACUAACUAGAAACAGCUGCAAUUUUCCUUUUGCUUAGCUCCCAUUUUAGUUUGCAUCAGUAUGUGUGCAGGCAUCUCUACUGCUGCUAUGCUGUUUGAAGGGAUGCUAAAGGGAAACACUAAACCAUUUUGAGUCUGGGAAAGUGCUCUAUUUAAAAGCUGUGAUUGUGUUUCUUCUGGUGGAGAAAGGUUGAUUAACGGUGCAGAAUAGGAAGCCCAAACUUCCCUCAUUGAAUUACAUGCACGAACCAUGACGUUUUUGUCAUUGUGACGUUGAUUUCACUCUCUUGCUGCCUAUUACAGCCGUUCUACACACUGGAAAAGUUCCCGAGAGUGAUUAGGGCAGGGAUGAUGUAAGGCUUCCUUUCGCUUGAUUCUAUUUCUUUCUGAUCAUCCACCGUUCUCGACCGGCCAGUCCCUGUGAUAUGUCGAGCACCGCUCUCACCACUCACAAAUCUCGAAACGGAACAGCACUGAAAUAGAAGUCGCACUAUCCCAGCCUAGGUGUAUCCCUUGCUUUCCCUUCAAACACAAUGUCAGCUUUAUUCAUUGGCAAAAAAAAAAAAAAAAAAAACAUUAACCCUGAGCAGAAGCUGUCAGUCUCUGAAGUUGCAAGGAGCUGCUGUGAGAACUUCACGCUGGGGUCACCACCAGCGUUCCUUGUUUUUCUGCUGGUGCCCUUUUGGUUCACCAUGUGUUGGAUCAUGAUGAGACACCAAUUUGGCAUUUGGGGAUGGUGAUCUUCCAACUAAUCUGGUAUUCCUCUUUAGAGUUCCUUUAAUGCUGAACUGUGCUUUCUAUUGCUAUUGCUGCUAAAUGGGCUCUCAUGACUCGACAGCAGUUUGUGUAGGACUAUGUCAUUAUUUUCUAAGGCUGGUUCUGAACACCGCAUCUUCACUGUAUAACAAGAAAGCUGCUAUAUUAAUGCUAAAAGAAUGAUGGUGCCUUUGAGCACUUCUUAAUAUCAGUUGUGUAUGAAAAGAAGUUUCUUGGUCAUAUCUUUGUCUUUCAGUGACAUACAGUUCUGAACUUUACGAACUGUGCUUGCCAGGCUGGUUAAAGACAAAAUGUGAACAAUAGGUGUUGUUGGGUGUCUUGAUGGCAUGUUAAAAUAUUUUGUUCGUUAAAUGUAACAGUGUUUAUAUGUUGCAUUGCUCUUGGGAAGAGGACUUCAUGUGUGGUUCUACCCAUUGCUAGUUAGCCAUUAGCAGUGUUGGAGGCACCUGGCAGAUGGGACAGGGGGCAGCCACGACUUUUCUACUGUUGUGUCCUGAGGUUAAAAUUAUGCAGCAGCAACCACCUCCUUUCAUACCCUCUGCCGUCUGACACCUCCCACACUGCAAGGCUCGAGGAAUAGGCACGUAUGAGGGAUGUUUUAGGACGCUAAAGCCAAACAUUAAGCCAAGUCAAAAUUAUAUAAGAUUAGUGCUCUAAAAUGUCCAAAGUUUCACCUUUACCCAGAACAGUGUUAGUAAGCAACGAAAUGACCCAAGCAAAAAAAUGGGAUUGAUGAAAACGUACCACCUUUUGGUUACGUUUACAACUAAUAGUUGCCAAUUAAUUAAAUGUAUACAUUUUCUUUCAAUGUGAAAAAAAAAAUUCAGUUUGGCUAGAUUUGUUAGCUUGUCCUGCAGGAUUUGCCAAUGCUGCUGCUUCAUAAUUGUGUGGUGCCUCAUCUGUGCGCUGGCACUCUUUGGUUAUUUAUGCUUGGCCUUUGCGCCACAAGACACCAAAUUCACCAUCAUGAUCUGUGCAGCCGCGGGACUCGAAGCAGGCAGUAGCAAUUGGCAGAGCCUUGUGAAGUGUGAACACUUUGGUUGCAAUUUUCUCCACAAUAAAGCCAUCUCCUCACACAAAGCCAAUGUUGAGAGGUGCCUACAGAACUUUUAGUUUAAACAGUUGGACUGGUUUAAUGUUUGCAUUUAACAUCUUUACAGGAGGAAUGAUGAACGGUGGAACUUAUGCCUUUCAGCUCUAACAUUUCUUGUGUUCUGCAGAAAUAUGAAAAGUGGAUCAACAUUCAUGUAUGGAAAAGUUAAUAUCUGCCUGAAUAAUAUGGUACAAAUUAGGGCGGAUAUUGUCUUGUCCCUGUGUAAUCGAACCAAGGCUGCUCUAUAAAACUGCAGACUGAAUAUUUCCCUGUGCAACUUCUGGUACAUUUAUUUGCAACUGCUUAUUACCUUUGGCACUUCAUGAGCUGCCUGAAGAUGGUAGCAUGGCCUUUCUGACUUUGCAAGUGACCAACUAAUUAGCAGUGCUUUCUGUUUUUUUUUUUUUUUUUUUUUUUUAAUGAGAUGUGUGCUUGGGGACAGGCGAAAAACGUGGUUGCAGGCCGAGUAACUUUGUGCGGCACUGCUGGCUUUCCUAACUUGGGAAAGGGUGUCUCUGCAACUACACAAUACUUGGAAAUUGUUUGCAGUGAUCUUUCCUCCCCCGUUUUUUUUUUUUUUUUUCUGCUGUAAUUAAAAUGACAAAAAAAAACUGGAAAAUACAAAAUCAAAAAAAAAGUUUACUGCAUAAGAAUCAACUUGAGAAUGCCAAGCAUGCACAUCUGUAUAACAGUGCUUUUAUUAUUUUUCCCCCCACUUGUAGGCAAUUUGAGUGAUGCACCAGUUCGUGUUGCUGCUGUCUGGCGAUGGGAUGGCAUGCUAUAUAUAUAUUAUAUAUAUAUACACACACACGCAUAUAUAAUUCAAUGUUCAUUGAUAAUAGGUCAUCUCUAACAAUUGUAAAGAGGUGUGAAGAGCAGAUUCAGAGGAUAGCACACAUGUUGAAAUGUGGAUGUGCCGUCGACUUCAAACGUGUGUUCUGUUUAAUUUGUGGUUAGUGGGAUUGUUGUGCAGAAUGUUAGUAGAAACGAAAGGUUCUAGAAAGUGGGGAGGGGGGGGAUGGGGGGCCUUUUCCAUGACAUGUGCAUUUCUUGCUGUAUAAAAAAGAUACCUAUGGGAUUGCUUUACACAUUAUUAGAGUACUUUUCUUAGCUGUGUACAUUGACAUUAGGUGGCAACUUCAGGGAGGUCAUCUUUAUUUAUUUCUUGCUCCAAUUCAAAAGAGAAAGCAGCCUCUACUGCUUGGUCAGCAACAUGCAAACAACUAGUGCAAGGUUUAGUACACACUGCUUGCAACUAUGUGUACUUUAAUAUUGGCUAUUGAACUCAAGUUUGUCUUCUGACAUUCUCUGUUGUGGGUAAAAAUACCCACUUGCAUGACUUUGCCUGUUUUCAAAAGGAUUACGGGAGUGCGUGAGAAAUCUGAUAAGUUUAACCACAGUGAUGAUGUGAUAGAAGAUUUUGCUGGUGUUGCAGUUUCCAGUGGCGUGGAUAUUUUGGUUGUUUAUUCAUGCCUUUUUGGGAAAUAAGUUUGUCAAGGGCCAGAGAUAUCUAUUUGGGACUUUGAGCUGAGCUGGUUAGGGUAGCAAAAGAUAAGGGCAAAUGUGUUGUGUGUUAUCUGUGCUUGUUAGUGUCCCGCUUGACACACUUUUGCUUCUAUAGGAAUGGAAAUGUCAUGGUUGGAAGAGGCCCCCGUGAUGUUGCUUCUCUGUGGGAACAUUGUAUCAUUGUGCGAUCUCCAUUCACAAAUUGCUCUAAAGUUCUGUACAGUCUUAGAGCCUGUAUGCAGCGCUCUUUGCUGGAACGGAUUAAAAAGGAUGCUUACAGUUUCAUAGUUCAGACAUAGCAUGCUAAGCUUGAAGUAAUGUGAAGAAUUAGGAUGUGCCAGUAUUAAUAAAAUGACGGACUCUCUCG